AAACAGGCAUGCGUAUGCCAUGCUCCCAGCGUAAGAUAUAGUAAAAAUUUUGCGGGAGUUUCCAUACUGACAGAACUUUUGACAGGCGUUAUUACACGGAAGCAGUACACACCUUGGCAAUGGUUUAAAUCCACCGGAGAGGAUGCAAGAGUAUUCCAAAGGUAACAAGCUGGAUAUAGAUCAGGAUAAGGAGGACAAAUCUUUAUCAGCAUUUAAAUCUGUGUCCAGGGGAUUGAAACAUUCUGCGUCGUCGAGGUCAGAAAAGCGUGACAGUGGAUAUGUGACAGAUAAUUCGCCAGCUAACUUUGGGAGUAAUGUACCUUAUUUCACGUUUGAUACUGAUGCGGGUGAUGGAUCGAGAGGGGUACACGCCCUGCACCCGUCGGUUGAUGAGGAUGAGGAAGUAGAGAUGGUGUUGAACAGCCCCUCGGCGAUGGGAAGGGCAUCGAAGCCUAUCCCCAUACACCGUCCUCGGGCUCCCCUUCCCCGGGAUAUGUUAGACACGGGCCCAACUGAGGAACAGGACGACGAUGACGUUUUUGAAAAUGCUUCUAACGUUUGUGAUAUGUUCACUAGGAGGAGGUUUAGGAACCACGCCCAUCACUUUAGGCCUAUACACGGGCGGACGGUGGGGACUCAAACCCCUAGCCUGCAUGGCCAGGCCAUCACGGAAACUAUAAACUUUAUGUCGGACAGAUUCCAUCCCUACCACCAACCGCCUAUAGCCAGAGGUACUGCCUAUACGCGGUUGAGAUAUCACUCUGACGGUGAUGGUUCAGAUUCUCCCACCCACGGGAGGGAUCUACCCGAUAUCGUCCCCGUCCCCCGGGAUAGGUCGAUAUCACUCCCAGACGUACACCACCAACAGCGGCUUGACGUGGGUCGGGAACUCAGACGGAUAGGCGACGAGUUCCACUUCGAGCUAGCUAGUGCCCCACUCCGAGUCAGAAGGAACGGCGUUGUGAUGCGUCAGGCGGCAUCCUUUCCCGGAACAACAGCGUUCAAUUUCCAGAACUGGUGGGAGCAGCUCCGGACCAUUUUCUCUAGUCCUGUAAAUAUAGAGCCAGACCGCCAACGCAGGAGAGCCUCGUCAUCAGCGGAUCCUGGCUACUUCCAGAAAGACUUUUGACGUCAGGUCUUGCCUUAUACAUAGUCCGUCACAACCUCGUGCUUGUCUCUUCGGAACCCGCCAUGGUCUUCCACACGGUGGAAAACAAAGUAUGACAUUUCAAAAAUCAGAACUUUUCCUUGACAAUCAAGCCAGUAAGGAAGUAUUCCGAAUGGUGUUUUAACAUGAGGAUCUCAUCAACGUUGGCUUUCCGAAUGACAUUUGAAAGACAUUGUUUACAUGGGCAGCCAGCCCCCGAGUUGAACUGUCCUAUGUGGUGCUAUGGGUGUAGAGCAGACACCUUAUGAGAGCGGACAGGUUGUGAUAUGUCUAUUGUGGUUUGUCCAAUGUUAGAGAGAAAGUGUGUUUUACAAUUCAACGAUUCUCUGUCUCUUCACAUACAAGAGCGACGAUGAGAAUAAAUGAUAGAUCGGACCAAUCUUUUCUCUCGAACUCUUACAAGAUUGAGAGCCGCGCUAUAUUUUGACGUAGUUGAUAGGCACGUAAAAAACACAUGUGAAAGCUGGAAACUCUACAAAACACUCCAACUAAGUCCUUUAUGUCAAUUGCUCAUACUGGGGCCAAGCCCAUUGUAGGAAGAUCUCAUUUUAUUUUUUGACUGAACGUAUUAUGUUAUUUUGUUUUGAUAAUUCCUAAGUGCUAAAGAGACGGCCGUGACCAUUAUCUUACUUUUGGUGCAAAGUACUUAUUUGAUAUCUCAGCCACUGCAUCCGGCAACGGAAACAGUCGGCGGGAAAACCUAAGGUGUUCAUUAGCUAGAGUUAUUACUCAUUGUUCGGGCAUUUCCGCCACAUAUUAAUCGAUUAUACAUUUGACUGUUGAGGAUAAUGUCCACAUUUCCAUGGUUUGUCUCUAUAAAGUGUGUGGAUCUGGUCACAUUAUCGCCACUUCAUCUGUAAUUAUUGCCAAAUUGAAAUACACAUUUCCGGUAUGACAUCACUACUCCUAUCUCGUUCCACUGAUAGAAACACCAUCUCCACACCACUCUGUACUGUCAUAAGAUGGAUUUGUAUAUGUUUAACAACACUACCGCUAGUGUGGGCAUUACAUGUUUGUUAUUGGCACGUGUAAAACAUACAUAACACUAAGUGCUCGUUUAAAGCAUUAUUCUAUAAUUUCUUCAGGUGAUCUUUUUUGAGCAAAUUGUGGUUAUUUUUCUGACAAUGUUAGCAUUUUCUGAUUUUACACGCACAAUGUUCCGUGGUCGCACGUGUCCGAUGUUUAAGCAGGGUACUGUACACGAUGUUUGUAUUAUAUAUACCAGAAACAAAUACCUCGUUAGUAAUGAAGAUAUUGUAUCCGUGGCUGGGAAUGUGUUUAUCAAAUUUCAUUCAAACAAACCACCUAUGCAGCACAUUUUGUUGACUUAACAAAAAAAAUCGUCAUUAUAAGUAUUUUUCAUCAGUAUAUUUCUAAAUUAUCGCACGCUUUCAUAUCAGCGGAUAUUAUUUUCCGAGUUAUUUUGAUAAUGAAUAUAGUACAUUGAUAUCAAUCUGAUAACAAACUCUCUACUAGGUUCUAUAAACGCGGUGAGCCGUCCCCUAGUCUCCUUCUCAAUAUGGGACCUAACUUGAUCGCGUUAAACUAACACAAGGUAUCUGUAGGUUAGAGUGUGACUUAGAGCUACCCCGAGGUCACCCCCCGAGGUCACCAUUGUAGAUUAACAGUAGUGUCUAUGUAUACGUGUGUAAGUGUGUGGCAUUAUGCCAUAAAAUGUAAAGAAAAACAUUUCGAAGGUUUUCCAAAUGAUCUCAAAUCUUGUUCUUUUUCCUUGUUGCCGACUUUUGUACAUAGUAACUCUUUGAUUUUCCAUUGUGUGUACAUAUUUUGUGUAGAUUCCUGUAUAUAGACCGUAUCCUAGACGUUUAUCUGUAUAUAUAAGUAGUAACCUUGGCGACUAGCUGGUAGUGCUUCUUUGUAGAACUGGUAUGCUUAUCAUGUGACCGAAUGUAUCUUAAACAGGAAUUUUGGACCCGAUACUGUCUUUACAUCUUGAUUUUGGUAAAACUCCAGAAAACCUGCCUGUUAUACUGUUAAUAGGAGAGUACCUACAAUCAUAAUUUAUAUAUACUGUACACCAAUUUAUUUUCGCGUGUACUUUAUUUCGCGAACUUUGCCUGUUUGUUUUAUUCGUUAAUGCAUGGGUUCGCGAUGGAAAAGAUGUUUUUUAAAAAAAAUGAUGGUACUUUAUAAUAUGGAAUUAUUAUUCGUGAAACGUUUAAAUAAGUAAAUUAGUCAUCUUGCAAAUUAACGCGAACAGUUAUCUCUUCUGAAAAUAAAGUGCUAUACAGUAUAUCUUGUCAGUAACGUUUAACUGAGAAGUUCUACCAAAAAGACACAUCGCUGGUACGAGGCAUCCGAUACAUUGUUGAAUACAAUAGAUAGAAUAUAGGUAGUAAUCAAUUUUGAAUAGGUCAAUUUGUUGAGCACGUGCUAUUCCAUUCAUCAUUGUUUUGUAUAUAUGUGGACGUGGGUUUCAAUCUUCUACUGUCACUAUACAACGUGCCUCUUCUGACCCUUCUAACUAACCUACAUCUGUUCAUUGGACGUUUCUUCUAUUCCUUUUUUGCUCAAUUAUAUCCUGUCUAUUACAAUGUUGGGUUUUUUCAACCUUUAACCAGAAUAUCUUUUUUAUUAUUUAUUUAAAUCUUGGUUUACAAACAUCUACGAGAGUCUUAACAACUUUUUCCCCAAAGUGCUUAUGUUUUCAUUGUUCAGUGAAGUAUUGGUGUUGGUGACCGACAGGUCCACCCCAUGAUCAUGCAAUCAAUUUAUUUUUGUAAGAAAAGUUGAGGAGAUGUUUUAUAUUGAAAAGAAAGAAAAAAAUGUAAAA